CGGCGGCCUGGCCCAUGAGCGUCCGGGACAGAGAGCGCCUCGUCCGGCAGCGCUGAGGCCGGCGGGCCGUGGGAGCUGGCCACGUCCUGUCCGCCGCCGCCGCCCGCCGCUUCCCGCGCUCCGCCCGCUCCUCCCCCCGGGGUCGCCAUGGCAACGGACGCCGGGUUCUGGACUCGAAACUCCCGCGAGCCCGCAGCUGCGCGGGAGGUCCACGGCCCCAGCCGCCAGCCCCGGGCUCCGAUGGAGAGCGAGGACGACACGCCCGAGACCCGGGAGUGCCGGAAGAUCCUCGAAACCCUCGAGUCGACUAUUGAACAAUUCCGGUUCAGCCCCAGACUUACUAUUUCAGAUGAUUUGAAGGUUGGCUUUUUCUGCACAGACCAUGCUACACAGACAGAUUCCAGCGAAAUUCUGCCCUUAAAAGAGUUGAGCUCAUCUACAGAAAAGCUAAUACGGAUUAUUAGAUCCCUUCAAGUGGAUUUUGGGUUCCUCAAAGAAUUGCUUCAGUUGAAAUUUGAGGACCGUCUUAAAGAAGAGUCUUUUAAUCUCUUCACUGCUCUACAUGACAGGAUCCUAACAAUUGAAAAACAUUAUCAAGAGAAUGAGGACGCCAUAAGAAAAUGCUACAAUCAGCAGUUGGCUGAUGCCAUAGCUGUUAUCAAAGGAAUGUACAAGCAAUUCUUCGAGGUGGAAGAAGAGGCUUUUGUGCAUGAAUCAACUAGCAUCAAAAUGAGUGUUUUGUUAAAAAAACUGAAGGACAGAGAGGAAGUUAUUAAGGAAUUAAGAGAAGAACUAGAUCAAUACGAAGAGUCUAGACUUCAAAAAUUUGACGCUUUUGCCAGAGAGACGAUGCUAGAGAGGGAAAAUCUGGAGUACAAAGUGGCAAACGAGAGAAUGCUGCAGAUCAUUGCAGAGCUCGAAGAAGCGAUCCGACUCAACCUAAAGGAAAAUUCAGUACUAGAAGAUGAAAUUAUAACUCUGAAAGAGAAGGUAGAAAAGAAUCAUAGAACUAUUCAAAAGCUGUUUGAUGGUAGAGACAGAUUACUGUGUGAGCUUGAUUAUGAAAAAGCAUUAGUUCAAGAAAUGAUUAAUAAACAGAAGGAGGACAUGGAAACAAGGAAGAAGUUGGGCAGUGUAGGCAGCAAGAGUCUGAGAUUAGUCAAGGGGAAAGAGACUUCCCUGUCCCCGUGGCCCUCACAGCCCAGGAUUCCCUCCAGACCUAGAGCCGGUUCAAGACCACACUCACCCACCAUCAGUACAUCAGUGACUAUGAAGACCAAGAAAGUUAAGACUCCAAAGAAAUCUGCAAAGGAAGAGCAGCCUUUGGUGAAGCACGUAAAACCAGCUGCGGUGCAAGAAGAAAAGGUGAAAUUGCCAGUGGCUAAGGCUGAAGACACACGUGUUUUGGAGAAGCAAAUACAAAUACUAAAGGCUGAUUUAGAAAAUGAAAAAAAGAAGACAGAAAGAUUUAAGAAAGAAUCAGAACAGAUAAACAAAAACUGGGAAAAGAAGUUCUAUAUUCUCAGGAAUAGCUUUCAUGUCCUUAAAGAUGAGAUGUUUACCAGGCACACGUUGUUUCGUCAGUUUGCCGUGCUUACUGACACGUCCUUCAAUUAUAUUAAAUUAAAACCUUUAUUUGUGCAGUCUAAAACAAACUUGGUAACAGGUUCUACAUCUUCUGGAAGUGAUCAUACGCCUUUGAUGGACAAAGACAUGGAUGUAGUCAGUGACCAGAUAUUUUUUUCCCCUUUAUCAAAAGAGAGGUUGUCAGACACGCCAGAGGAAGAGCCUUUGGAGAAGCCCUUGAUACCCCAGAACACCCCGGUGAACGAUAUGGACGCUGCUGAGUAAGGGGACCGGGCCCUGGGCGGCACCGAGCGGGACCACAGAGCGGGCCCUCCGGCUCCCAGCGGAAGACCUGCUUCCCAGACACGUGAUACUACCUCCCAGCGUUUCUAACAUCGCCAUUCCGUGUCUCCCCCGAGAAUGCAGACUCACUCGCGACGUGCGCCCACUGUGAGCACCUUUCCAAGCUCUUCAAGCUUCUUGCUCAUGCUCGGUGAGCCAGCAUGACACACACGGACUCCGAGGGGCUGCAAAUCCCCAGGGGCGCUUUCCUGGGCUCAGCAGUGUGCCCCAAAGCCUUAGGGUGGGGAGGGACAGACUUCAAUUAAAAAGUGUGGGGCACUAAACUUCCACUCCUCCUCUUCUCCAUCCAGUGUGUCUCUGUAACACAAAGGCAAACUGAUUUGCUGCCUCCUGGCCCACCAACUCACCCCCAUGAGGGGAAGCCUUAAGGCCUGCUCCAGGGGGAUUUUAACGUUCCUCUAGCGCAGUCCCCUCUUAUUUUAGGUCGGUCCUGGGCUCUUAGCCUUCUCUUAAAAGCUGUAAACAAUUCUCCAGGAAGUGGGAAACCCCUUGGAGUUCUGCUUCCCGGUAAGUAUCAGGGCCAAGAUUUCCACACGUACUGUUCUUUCCAGAAUGUCAGGUACCGUUGGCUGAAAGGCCGGUUUGCUUUCUCACGUGCGUCCUGUCCAGCCGUGUCCUUUCGGUUCCCCUAACUACAAGUGAGGCCCUGCCUGCAGCGGCGGUUUCAGAAACGCAGACUCUGGAGGACACAUUUCUAAAGCGAUUUAUUAAGUCUCAAGAAAUACAUUUACGGUAGCUGUCCCAUAAAGCUGACCUACUCCGGUGUGAAACAACGCUGGAGAGGCGAUUUAUUUGUGCGUAAAAGGCACCAGCUUUAACCGGAGAGAGACGCGUUAGGUUCAGCGCAAGUACAUGGGGUGGCGUGGCGCUGGAGAGCAUUAUUCGAGCUUCGUCUACUGUGCACUAUACGCCACCGUCUCCAAAGGAGUGUUGCCCUAGAAACUUGUUUUAAAUCUGCUGCUAUAUAUCAACACCUCGUUUUAGCAGUCCUUGGCUGAAUUACAGUUACACAGUUUGGCGCUUCUUUCAAAUUUCCUCCCAUCAGUUUGGCUAAAGAAAGGAAUUUUUCUCCUUUAGAAAUGAAUUGGCUUAAUUAGUAAGUAGAUUAAUGGCAAUUGCUGGUGAGUUGGUUUCCAGCAGAGUUUCACCAGAGAGGGUUAAUCGGAGUCAGGUCUGGAAUCUUUCCCAGAACUGGCUGCCAGCCAUUUCCACCAACCAAUCAGCCCUACGAGAAACGGGGGGAAAUGAAAUAGAAUUUAUAUUCUCUGUACUAUUAGCCUGGACAGAAAUUCCUUGGAAGCAGCCUCCUCCUUGGGUGCAUCACAAACGGUUUCAUUUCAAAAAUUUAACAGGAAACUUGAAGGGUUUCACCUUCCAGAUAUAUCCUAGUACCAAAGCGGAAUAUCAAAUGGCACAGGGAGUGUACUCCCCAGAAGGUGGAGAGCGCAUUGGAAACGCCUGAGGCUCUUAGUCAGUUUCGGGUUUACAUAAAUUGCUAAAACUUCCCAAGUUCAAUACUAAUCUGUUAUCCACCAGAAGCCUUUAAAAAGUUCAGUUGUAUGUUUUGCAGUCU